GAUUAAACACUCAUACUAAACAUGUGUGACAAGAAUUGCAGAACUGUGCUAUUUUGCAGCGCUCUCUCCACCGCGCAGGUCUACGUUGGUUCCGAUACAUACAGGGAGGGGGCACUGGAGGGUGGAGGCACUGGAGGAGGAGGCGGACUACAAGCGAGGAGUUCACGUUAAAGCCUGGCUCAACCACCACCGCUCUCCACGGAAACAAAACAAUAAAGACAACCGGCUACACUGUGAUCAAGGAACAUAGACCCCUCUCUCCACACGACAACGCGUUUCCCGUGGAAUGAGCGUUCCAUGCAGCAUCCUAGGUAUGAAUGACGUGGCCUGGCAGGAGACAAGAGGUGGGAUGCUGCAUGCAAAUGGUGCUCCUGAGACGGGGGUAGUCCGGGUUCACGGUGGCGGCCCCCUUGCCACAGUGGGCGUAGCUGGACAAGGCCCCGGAGAGCCACAUUUACAAGGCAUGGACAGGGCAUCUAACCCCACCCCCGGUACCCCUCAGCCACCACUGAGCGGGCGGUCCCAGGAUGAUGCCACAGUUGGGUACUUCUUCCAGAGACAGCCAGGGGAGCAACUCGGAGGAUGUGUACCAAGCAAACACCGCUGGCCCACUGGCGAUGGCAACCAUAUUGAUCAGGUGCGUGCUGCGGAUGAGAUGAACUAUGACUUUCAAGCACUGGCUUUGGAAUCAAGGGGCAUGGGAGAGCUCCUGCCUGCAAAAAAGCUUUGGGAGUCUGAUGAAUUGGCGAAGGAUGGACGGAAAGGAAUGUUACUAGGAGAAGAAUGGCGGGAUAAUGCGUGGGGAACAUCCCAUCAUUCAGUGUCCCAACCUAUCAUGGUGCAACAGAGACCAGGACAGAGUUUCCACGGGAAUGGGGAUGCCAACUCCGUGCUGUCCCCCCGCUCCGAAGGCGGUGGGCUGGGUGUGAGCAUGGUGGAGUACGUGCUCAGCUCCUCUCCCGGUGAUAAGAUGGACAGUCGUUACAGGAACGGCGGCUAUGGUACUGGAGACGUUAACCCAGACGGCAGAGAGAAGAGUGACGUCCCAGAUAAGACGUCUCCGUUUGAGGAAGAUAAAAACCCAGAGUUGAAAUCUGGGGAGGAGGGCGACCCUUCAAAGGCUAACGGAAGAGGCCUUCUCAAUGGCAUGGACAAAGACUUCAAUCCUACCCCUGGUAGUCGCCAGGCCUCGCCCACCGAGGCUGUGGAGAGGAUGGGCCCUGGUCAGGGUGGCAUGGAGAUGAUGGGACAACAUCCGCACCAACAUCAACACCAACAUCAGCAUCCCCACCAACAUCAGCACCUGCAUCAGCACCAGCACCCCCAUCACGCUCACGCCAUGCAGCAGCAGCAGCAGCAGCAGCAGCAGCAACAGCAGCAGCAACAGCAACAGCAGCAGAACGCUGUGCAGAACAAGGGCCCCAAUGAGGACUUCCAGGGCCACGACGGCCAGGGCAUGGGAGGCAUGGAGCAGCAGCAGCAGCAGCAGCAGCAGCAGCAGCAGCAGGCUGGUGUGGAGUCUCUGCAGUUUGACUACGUCGGAAACCAGAUCCAGGUGGACUCCUCCGGGACCCCUGUGGGACUGUUUGACUACAACUCCCAGCAGCAGCUGUUCCAGAGAUCCAACCAUCUGACCGUUCAGCAGCUCACUGCUGCUCAGCAACAACAAUAUGCUCUAGCUGCAGCGCAGCAGCAGCAUCUGGCUGGACUUGCCCCUGCUUUUGUGCCAAACCCGUACAUCAUCAACGCUGGUCCUCCUGGGACUGACCCCUACACCGCCGCAGGCCUGGCCGCCGCAGCCUCGCUCGCAGGGCCAACAGUUGUCCCGCCGCAGUACUACGGUGUACCGUGGGGCGUGUAUCCAGCCAACCUUUUUCAGCAACAGGCCGCAGCAAAUGCCAAUCACUCGGCCAAUCAGCAAGCAUCCAAUCAGGGACCAGGUCCGGGGCAACAGGUGAUGCGCACAGGAAACAACCAGCGGCCCCUGACCCCAGGCCAGGGCCAGCAAAGCCAACAGGAGAGUCUGGCUGCUGCGGCGGCCGCAGCUAACCCCGCCCUGGCCUACGCCGGUAUGUCAGGCUACCAGGUGUUGGCCCCUGCUGCUUACUAUGACCAGAAUGGUGCCCUGGUGAUGGGCCCCGGGGCCCGCGGUGGUCUAGGAGGCCCCAUGCGUCUUGUCCAAACUCCUCUCCUCCUGAACCCUGCCGCAGCCCAGGCCGCAGCGUCUGCAUCUGGCUCGGGCAACAUGUCGGGCCCUCAGGGGAACGCGAUGUACCGCUCCCUAACCCAGCAGCAGCAGUCCCAGGCCCAGCAGCAACAACAGGCCCAGCAGCAGCAACAGGCCCAGCAGCAACAGCAGCAACAGCAGCAGCAACAGCAGCAACAGCAGCAGCAACAGCAGCAGCAGGGCCUGCCCUACGCCUCGGCCUCGCUGCCCCCCACCUCCCAGAGCAGCUCCCUGUUCUCCCACGCCUCGGCCGGCCAGCCCCCCCCCAGCUCCUCGCUGGGCUUUGGCGGCGCACAGGGCUCCCUCGGCGUGGGCUUGGCCUCGGCACUCGGGGGCUUUGGCUCCUCGGGUCAGUCUCCACACGCAAAUGUGUCCAGCUCCAGCAGUAGCAGUGUCUCCCGCAGAGAUUCCUUGCUGGCCAACUCCGACCUCUACAAGCGCGGCGGCAGCAGCCUCACCCCCAUCGGCCAGCCCUUCUACAACAGCCUGGGCUACUCGUCCUCGCCCAGCCCCAUCGGCCUGACCCCUGGACACUCCCCGCUCACCCCCCCGCCCUCCCUGCCCUCCUCCCACGGCUCAUCCUCCAGCCUUCACCUCGGAGGUCUGACCAACGGUAGCGGGCGCUACAUCUCGGCGGCCCCGGGCGCGGAGGCCAAGUACCGCAGCAGCGGCAGCGCCUCCAGCCUGUUCAACUCCAGCAGCCAGCUGUUCCCGCCGGCCCGGCCCCGCUACAGCCGCUCAGACGUCAUGCCCUCCGGACGCAGCCGGCUGCUGGAGGACUUCCGCAACAACCGCUUCCCCAACCUGCAGCUGCGCGACCUGCCCGGCCACAUGGUGGAGUUCUCCCAGGACCAGCACGGCUCCAGGUUCAUCCAACAGAAGCUGGAGAGGGCCACGCCCGCCGAGAGACAGAUGGUGUUUGGCGAAAUCCUGCAGGCGGCGUACCAGCUGAUGACGGACGUGUUUGGGAACUAUGUAAUCCAGAAGUUCUUUGAGUUUGGGAGCGCGGACCAGAAGCUGGCCCUCGCCACCAGGAUCCGUGGCCACGUGCUGCCCCUGGCUCUGCAGAUGUACGGCUGCAGGGUCAUCCAGAAGGCCCUGGAGUCCAUCUCCUCCGACCAGCAGGUAAUUAGCGACAUCGUGCGUGAGCUGGACGGUCACGUGCUCAAGUGUGUGAAGGACCAGAACGGCAACCACGUGGUGCAGAAGUGCAUCGAGUGUGUCCAGCCGCAGGCCCUGCAAUUCAUCAUCGACGCCUUCCAGGGCCAGGUAUUCGUGCUGUCCACCCACCCAUACGGCUGCAGGGUGAUCCAGAGGAUUCUGGAGCACUGCACCCAGGAGCAGACCCUGCCCAUCCUGGAGGAGCUGCACCAACACUCCGAGCAGCUGGGCCAGAAGUAUCAAGGCGUAUCAUUGGAGAUGACGCCCAAAACAUAUUAUACAGUGUCCAGCGAUGCACUGUUCAAGGACCAGUACGGUAACUAUGUGAUUCAGCACGUCCUGGAGCACGGCAGACCUGAGGACAAGAGCAAAAUCGUGGCCGAGGUGCGCGGGAAGGUCCUUGUCCUGAGUCAGCAUAAAUUUGCAAGCAACGUGGUGGAGAAGUGUGUGAUCCACUCGUCUCGUGCCGAGAGGGCCCUGCUCAUCGACGAGGUGUGCUGCCAGAAGGACGGCCCCCACAGCGCCUUGUACACCAUGAUGAAGGACCAGUACGCCAACUACGUUGUCCAGAGGAUGAUCGACAUGGCAGAGCCUGCCCAACGCAAGAUCAUCAUGCACAAGAUCCGGCCUCACAUCGCCACCUUGCGCAAGUACACCUACGGCAAGCACAUCCUGGCCAAGCUGGAGAAGUACUACAUGAAGAGUGGCGCCGACCUAGGGCCCAUCGGGGGCCCCACAAACGGCCUCAUGUAGAUGCCUGUUGAAUAACCCUGAAGCCCAUAGAGGCCAGAGAAAGAGCCCUCCUAACCUAUGACCCACUCCCUUGAUUCAUUUUAAUGUUAUUAUUGGAAUUGGAAAAAAUCUAUGAUUACGCUUCGCCCAAGAAUACUGUGAUGUUAACCCAGCCCCCCUUCCCCACACGCACACACUCUGAUUUUCUUGCCACAGCACACCCUUGUGGCCACAAGUGGACGCACAGCCAGGCUGACAACUGGGGUCAAAGCACAACAAGCCUGUUGAUGAAAUUGCUGUAUCUGACUGGUUUUCAUAUAAUCUUGUAAAUUUAGGUUUUAAUUUUUACCUUGUAAAUUCUCUGUAGAAAUAAGUUGUAUACAUUUACUGACAUUUACAAUUCUUACAAUUACACCAGCACGUGACUUUGAAUGGCCCAUCUGAUGGUUCCUUUAAAUCGUAUGGGUUUUUCUUUUUAAUACCAAGACUAAUGACGUCAGCCAUUCCGAUUUCAAAAUAUAUUUAAACAGCUCACCCAGGCUAAAUGGACCCAAGGUGUCCGAAGUCGACCAUGUUGACUGUUUUUGAUUUCAUUUGAAAUUAGCAUUGAAAUAAGAAUAGUAAGGAGGAGGAACUCUUAAAGUCAACAGAUUACACCAUGUACCUCGCAUCAUGUUGGGUCACCCAAGGCCUUUUUGAAGACCCCCUUCGUGUGUGUGUGUGUGUGAAACUGCUUGUGUUUGGAGAGCUCUAAUCCUAACAUUUGGGGCAGUGUCUCGACAUGCUGUUAUUUUUUUGUUGUUUUAACUGGUUGGGGGGUGGGGGAUAUUAGUUGGCUGACUACAUGACUUCAACUAUUGUGAGUUUUGGUACGAGAUCCAUUGAUUUAAGCCAGUAUUCUCUGUAGCUGAGCCUUCUCGCUCCUCUUCAGCUGGUACUUUUAAGGGAUCCUUCCAUGACGAGAGAAAGGCCAUUGUCGUUCUUUUUUUUUUUUAAGCUGCCCAUAACAUAAUUAAAAUGGUGGCGCAUGAGCUGUGGUUGUACUGGUGUAAUCUUAACAUUAAAUAAGCGGGAGUGGGGGGCAGGGGGGGGGGGGGGGUUAUGCAUUAGCAUGCAGUGACCUGUGACCAGGUUUUUUUUUUUUUAAUGCUUAGAAUAUAUAUUUUCUCUUCCUACGGUAAGAUGUCACACAGAACCUGGUAGGAGAUCCUCUUAUUUUGGUUUUGUGCGACAUCGUACUGAUCUUGUAGUUUAAGAUAAACACUGCCCUAGGAAACUUUUUUUUCUUCUUUCGUGUACUUAAUAUCACCUUGUCAUAGAAGUAGUUUAGCGACGUAUAGCAUCUUUUAUAUAUUCAAGUAACUUGUUGCUUAAGGUUGAAGGGUUGCGGGCUUGAAGCAAAGAUGGUACCCACGAAGCCUGAUGUUGGGAGAAGUUGGUCUGUUGUGUCUAUAGGAAGGGGCGCAUAUCCCAACCGUGUACCUUUUUUGAAAGGAAUAGGAUACGUUUGGGCAAAGGAACAUUUCUGGAACCUCUUGUGCAGAUUUAUUUUCUUUAUUUAUCUUUUGUCAGUUUUUUACGUUGGGAGCGCAAGUUGUGCUAAUGGAGGCUAGUGUGUGU